AUGGGUUGGGGGGCAGAUGCAGGCCCGCCGCGGAGGCGGCGGGAUGACAGCGGGCUGGGCAGCGUCCUCGACCUGCUGUUGGCCAACGCCAGGCUGGUGCUGGGAGUCACCGGCGCGGCCGUGCUCGCCAUCGCCACGCUGGCCGUCAAGCGGCUGAUAGACCGAGCUACCAGCCCUCGCGACGAAGGCGAUCCCAAAGCCGAGCAGAAGACCCUGGAGGAGAGCUGGCAAGACUUGGCCUUGAUCAAGGUGACACCAAAACCACCGAAGAAGCAGAGAAGGGAAGAUCUCAGCGAGCCUCUGCUCUCUCCGGUUCGGCCGCCGCUGCCAGAGCCCAGGGCCUGCUUUGUCCCUCUGGAGACCCCUCGGGUUGAAUCCAGCCCUCCGCGCUGCCUCACGCUGCAGGAGAAGCUCCUCUCCCACUACAGCAGCCGGCUGGCCGGGCCCGAGGUGCAAGUGUCCCUCACCCCGCAGCUGGCCAGGAGCAUCUGCGCCCAACUGCAGAACUUCCUACGGAGUAAGUGCCCAGAGCUGCCCUUUGGCAGCCUCUUCCUCAGCGGUCCCCUGCUCGAUGGUCUUGAGGCUCUCACAGCUGACCACAUCCACCUCAUGCUGCCGGUGGUCCUCGAUGCCACGCUCUGGAGCCUCAUCCCAGGAGAGGACACCGUGGUGAGGAACCCCCAGUACUGGAUGAUCAAGAGGACUGAUCUGGAGUAUUUCCCUCGUGGGUGUAGCCCCUGGGACAGGUUCAUUGUGGGCCGGUACCUCUCCUCCAAUGCGCUCAACGAGACCCUCCACAAGAUGCUGGUGGCCUCCAUCAACUGGCCUGCCAUAGGCAGCCUGCUGGGGAGCAUCAUCCACCCGGUUGUGGCCUCCCAGGAGCUGAAGCUGGAAGUCAAACAUGAUCAGGUUGAGCUGAGCAUCACCCUCUUCCCGGUGGUGGAAAUGGAGGACAAGGUUCUUCUGGCUGCUCCUCCUGAAGGACUGGUGGAAAACCUCUGGCUUGAGAGCUUUUACAGGGCAGAGGUCUCAAGGGUGAAGGAGCUGGAUGCCGGUGACUCCGGAGCUCGGCAGCACUGCCUCCGCAUCCUGAAUGGCGUCUGCAAGAGCCAUCCUGUCCUGCACAAACUGAGUGGCAGCCCCUUGACCCAUGUUGUCCUUCACCUCAGUGCCACCAGUUUGGACUGGGCAGAAGAAAGCCUUGCUGACAGGUUCCAGCAAGUGCUUGAGGAGCUGAUAGGCUACCUGGAGAAAGGGGUCCUGCCUUCCUAUUUCAACCACAAAAUCAACCUUUUCUGUGAGCUGUUGGAAGAGGAAAUCGAUGAGAUGGGCUUCAUGCUCUACCGGGCCAUAUCUGAGCCCUGCUGA